GCUUCUCUUCUUUUAGUACCUAAAAAAGUUAGAAACAUACUUGCCUCGUCGAGCGACUACGAAGUCCAUGAGAUGGCUUCGUUGUGUUUCGAGGAGAGGACUUUUAAGAACCUCAAAGAAUGAGGGAUUUGAUCGCCUCGCGAGGUGGUUUAAGGGCCGACCUUAGGGGAGGACUUUAUUUGAAGCCUCGCGAGCCUCAAAGGUUUGGAACUAGACAAGAGACGGCGAAAAAGACUUCGAGGAGCAGCGGUCGGCGAAGACGAGGUGCGGCCAUCCGUGGUAGCAACCUCCGAUCUACGCAGCUGCGACUUCAUCGACUUGUGGAAGCCGGAUCUAUGAUGGAACUGCGGCGGUCAGCGGCAAAGCAACCCACGGCAGUUCCCGACGAAGCUCUCGGCGUUGUAGAGUGGCUGACCUCCUUCCUUCCAUCAUCGACCUCAUUCCUCCCGUCUAAAUCAAGAUGAUUGUGGCCCUUCGGAUCUGUGGCCUUCCCCAAUUGCCAAAGAGACGGGGACGAUGCGUGAAUCGAUCAAUUUGAAGGCUGGAUGGUGGCUGCAGAUUGGGCGACCAGUGGGGAUCUUCCGUCACCUGUGAGGUCAUUGGGAGUUUAAUGACUUGUGGUGAUGGCUGUGGUGAGCGGCGACCAGCGUGAUGGGUCCGCGACCCACGCAGUCGGCGAUGGGGCGACCUGCAGAUGGUCAGCAACGAGGUGACCCACUGCGGUCAGCGACAAGGCGACCCGCAGCGGUCAGCGACGAAGCGACCAGCGGCGGUCGGCGAUAAGGCGACCGGCGGCGGUCGAUGGUCAGCAACGAGGUGACCCACGGCGGUCAGCGACAAGGCGACCCGCAGCUAUCAGCUACGAGGCGACCAACGGUGAUGAGCGACCAGCGGCGGUCAGCGAGGAGCGACCAGCGGCUCUCCUGGUGACCUCGCAGUUUUGAGAGGACCCACUCGCACCUCCAUUGUGGUUCUAAAAUCCUACAGUGAGGGUUGUAAUCGGACAGCAAUUGGAGACUUGAGGCGAGCAGCGGCCAUCAGCACGACGAUGGUUACUCUAACGGCUGGUGACUUCGAUGUAAUCUCCAACUCCGAAUCUUAACUCCAGCUACAGACGAUAAAGAUAUGGCCGCGGAGCACAAUUCUUUCAUGUAAUUGCAGGAGUUAUUAGGCUUUAUGUGAUUCCAAUGAUAAUGAUCAAGAACGAGCAGGAGAUCUGGACAAGAGUAGACACUGUAAACGUCGGGUGGCGCCAUCCCAAGAACCCCCGAGUGUGUCUAUUAUUGCAGCGACCAUUCCCAAUUGUCCGUAUUCGUGUAUGGUGAGGUCUUGGGACUGCCAUGGUCAGGCUAGAGCUUCCACUCCCGAUGGCGGGAUUCAUGUCCGGUGACCAGUAGGGGGAACUGGAGCAGCAGCCCGUUCGCACCUCAUUGGUCUCCAGUCGCGAGAACCGGCCUAGGAUGUGGAGGCCCAACAACCUCACCAAGAGAGCGGCCUAGCCGAUUUCACUCGCCCUUGUCCUAACAGCGGCAAAGUUGUUGCAUAGCAAUGGCGGGGAGCUCUGCGAGAUUUGGUCAUUAAUGGCGGCGAUCCGAGGUCUUGCGACCCAGGCACUCGCUCAAUGAUCAGCAACGGACUCUGUAAGCUGACCCGCGGCGGUCAGCGGAAACGCGACCCACGGCGGUCAGUGACGAGGUGACCCGCGACGGGGCGAUCCGUGGUUGUCCGUCUGGUAAGGCAACCCGCGCACAAAUGCCCAUGUUGGAAGGAAGUUCAGUCUCGCGAUUCACAAUCCGCGUAAGAUUUGCAACGGACAGAGACGGAGGCCCAGGUUCUGCGCAAUUAGCACCGGAGCACGGAUCUAGACAGAGACGGGGUGGAGCAAAGGUUCCGAUAUGUUCUCGGCAUCCUAUAUGCGUCUCUAUGUAGAUUCAAAAUCCUGCUGCCAGUGAGCGAUGAAAACAUAGAUAUCGAAGAUGAUUCUUGAUCUAUAUGGGGAUGCUAUCUCCCUCUUGUGUGAGAUCGUGGGUCAAGAUUCAAAAUUCCAAGACCCAAGAUCUAAAAUUCCACAGCACCAUACUUAAACAAAACCAACUUUGUUUUGUUUUUUGGUUUUUUUAUUGUAUUCUGCCCACGGUAUUUGUAAAAUAAUGGGUGGAUUUUACACUUGAGCAUGAAAUUCUCAUCUCAAUGAAAGCACCAUUUGAUA